UAAUACAUAUAAUUUUUGUAUAAUCAGGAAAACAAGAAGAUAAAGAAAGAAGCAAACAAGUAUAGGCUAUAAUGUGUGAUCCUGUUUCAUCGAUUUGUGGGGCGGUCGUGGGUGAAUUAAUCAAAGAUCAAAUCUACCGGUGCGUGAGACAUGUGAAUCGACUUUGUCACUGUGCAACUCACAGAAGGAAUGUAAAGCAAUUGAAUGAACAGCUAGAAACAUUGCACAAAUACAGAAAUGAAUUGUCAAAGGAUGUUGAGUCGAAGAAACAAAAACAAGAACAAAUUCAUAAAGAGGUUAUCGAUUGGCUCCACGAAACACAGAAUAAUAUCUUUGAAAAGCGUGAAGAGGCAGAGCAUGCAAGCCAAAACUAUUGUUAUUUCACAUUCCAUCCAAAAGCAACUAUUGAUGAGGACAUAUUUCUACAGAUCAAAAAUAAAAUAGAUGGUUUAAUCGAACGUUACGUGAAUUUUAAUGGUCGCAUUUCUUAUCCUUCUCCUUAUUUAGACAAAGAUUACAUGGCCUUUGAGGGAAGAAGAAGAAUUUUGGAAGAUGUGAUGAAUGCACUCAAAGAUCCCACUGUUCAGAUGAUUGGGCUGUGUGGAAUGGGUGGCAUCGGCAAAACCACACUUGCAAAAGCAAUAGCUCGACAAGCAAAAGAAGUGAAUCUGUUUGAUAAGGUGAUGGAUAGUGCUGUUUCUCAAACUCCUGAUUUUUCAAAAAUUCAAUGUGAAAUAGCAAAUCAUCUUGGUUUUAAAUUCGACACUGUUGAGACCGAACCCAUAAAAGCAGAUAAGCUUCGCCAAGAGUUAAGUAAACAAGUGAAGGUUUUGAUUAUUCUUGAUGAUAUUUGGAAGGAAAUAAAUCUGUUUGAAAUUGGAAUACACUUUAGCAAUAAUCAAAACGGGUGCAAGAUUUUAUUCACUUCAAGACGUCAAGGUUUAUACGUUUCUACUUCUACAAGUGAGUUUGCUCUCGGUCUUUUGAAAGAGGGUGAAGCAAAGGAGUUAUUUCACAGAGUUGUUGGCGAAACACUUGAUGAAGAACGCGAAGACCUCUCAAAGGAAUUGGUUUCAGAAUGUGGAGGACUUCCGCUUAUUAUUAAUGUAGUUGCAUCUGCAUUAAGAAGAAAACCUGCAUAUAGAUGGAGGACUUUCUUAGAAAAAAUGAAAAUAGCAGACCCGGAAAAUGUUGGUGAUGAAGUGAAGUUAGUGUUUCAGCGUAUAAAGCUCAGCUACCAAUUUUUGGAUAGCGAGGAGGCCAAAUCACUACUAUUGCUUUGCACUAUAUUUUCAGAAGAUCAACUCAUAUCUGACAAUCAUUUGUUAAUGUACAGUGUGGGUUGGCCCUUGUUAAAGCAUGGCAACACAUUGCAGAAUGCAAGAGACAAUCUGCACACCCUAAUAGAUACAUUGAGAGAAAAUUAUCUAUUGUUGCCUAGUGAUGUAAGAAGCAAUCACAUUCGAUAUCACUGGGUCAAAGUUCAUGAUGUAGUUCGUGAUGCUCUCAAAUCAGUUACCUCGGAAAGGAAUUGGUUUCCUCUGUCUAAGUAUGCAAAGAAUGGAGAAUUGCCUAAAGGUGACCUCAAAGAUGUUGUUGCAAUUUCGUUACGUAAUGAUUUUACAGAGAAGCUUCCUGACAAAUUGGCAUGCCCAGAACUUGUUUCAUUCAUUGAUGACUUUAGAGAUGAAAAAUGCCUUAUGGAUAGCUUUUUUGAAGACACAAAAAUACUAAGAGUUCUGAAGUUAACAAAUGUUGAUCUGCACUCACCACCUUCAUCCUUUAGUUGUCUACUUGAGAGUCUCGAAACUCUUUGUCUAAACUAUUGUGACUUAGAAGACACAACAUUUCUCGGAAGUUUCAAGAAAUUAAAAUGUCUAGAUCUUUCACGGUCUAGAUUUAAAUCAUUGUCAAAACAGGUGGGUCAGCUAACUCAUCUACAAUUGUUAAAUUUGAAUGAUUGCAAAGAUCUUAAGGUGAUUGAACCUGAUGUUAUCUCAAGCUUGAAAAAUUUAGAAGAGUUGAACAUGAGAGAUGUGAAGAUAGCAUGGGAGGUUGAAAAAGUCAGCAGUGAAAGAAGUAAUGUCAGUCUUGCAGAGCUAAAGAAUUUGCCCCGGCUGAACACAUUAUAUUUGGAAAUCCAAAAUGAUACUUGUUUGUCAAAAGAUUUCAUCUCUAGAAACAUCAAGAGGUAUCACAUAACUGUAAGUAGUGAACCUGACUAUUUCUUUCAUUACAACUUCGAAUCAUAUCCAAGAGCCUUCAUGUUGGAGCUUCACAAUGCUAAUUUGAUAAAAGAAUGUGGUUUUGAUAAGCUUAUGAAAGAAUGCCAAGUAUUGCAGUUGAGAGGAUGUGAAGAUGUCACCAUUGAUAUUUACGUAUCAAAUGCUGAUAGUUUCCCCGAAUUAGAGGUCUUUGAAUUACAUGAUGCUUCUAAUGUUAGAUACUUGAUGGAGUGCAAUCAUCUCGUUUUUCAAAACUUGAAGAAUUUGACACUCACAAGACUGCCAAACCUGCAAAAGAUGUAUGCUGGAGAAUUGGUAGCAGGCUCAUUUAGUAAAUUAAAAAAGGUGAAAGUACGUGAAUGUCACACACUGAAAAGUCUAUUUCCAAUCUCAACUAUUGCUGGACAGCUUGAAAAAAUGGAAGUAGAGUCUUGUGAUAUGAUGGAGAACAUUGUUUUCCAUAGAAGAGAAAAUGGCAACCACCAGAAGAUUGAGUUUCUCAAACUACAGAAAUUGGUUCUAAAAAGAUUACCAAAAUUAAUUCAAUUCUGUAAGGUUGAGUGGGAUCAAAAUUUGGCUACUUCAUCAUCAUUAGAUUCGUCACCAAGCACCAGUAUAUUCCCAUUUUUUAUGGGAGAGGUGGUAUCAUUUCCUAUUUUGGAGAAAUUAAAAUUGUACAAUCUUGAUUCUGUAGAGAUGAUCUGGCCAGCUAAACUUCAAGAUGCAUCUUACAUGCAGAAUUUAAAAGAUUUAACUGUUUAUGAAUGUCAUAAGUUAAAGUAUCUGUUUUCUUCUGCUGUGGCAAGAAGUUUCAUUCAACUUACAAAACUAACUGUAAAUUACUGUGAGAAUAUGGAAGAGAUUGUAGUGAUAAAAGAAGAAGGUGGAGAAGAAGAAGGUAGUUCCAAUGACACCAUUUCCUUCCCUAAACUAGAGAAGAUUGAGCUUGAGUAUCUUAAAAACCUCAAAAGGUUCAGUGGCGGAAAGCAUUCUCAAAUGGAAUGUGAAGGAUUAAUGAAGAGAAGUUGUAGGAAUGAAUUUGAAGAAGCUAAAUUACAACCUUUCUUCAAUCAAAAGGUGGUAUUAUUUCCUGUUUUGGAGAGAGUAGAAUUAAGGACACUUAAUUCUGUAGAGAUGAUUUGGGCAGAUGAACUUGAAGAAGUAUCUUACAUGCAGAAUUUAAAAGAUUUAACUGUUAUAGGAUGUAGCAAGUUAAAGUAUGUUUUUCCUUGUGCUAUGGAAAGAAGAUUGGUUCAACUUAGAAAUCUGAAGAUAUGGCAUUGUGAUAAUAUGGAAGGGAUUUUAGUGAUAAAAGAAGGAGGAAGUGUGAUGGAGGAGCUUCACCUUAUAAAUCAUCAUCAUCCAACAAUGGCCUUGGAGAGAUUGGUUAUAGAAAGAUGCCGAAAAGUAAAGAUGAUGAAGAGUUGGAGGAGUAGAGAAGUCGUAGAGGGUGAAGACCAUACGUUCAAUGAAAAUAAGGUUGUGGUCCCUAAUUUAGAAGAAGUGAGUUUGAAGUGGAUGUUCAUGCCAUCCUCUAUGUCCUUCCAAAAUUUGAGAGAGAUUUGUAUAUCAGUGCAUGAUGCAAUGAUAAAUUUAAUGAAUUCCUCCACCGCCAGAAGUCUAGUACAACUUCAGUGUAUGAGUAUUAGCAAGUGUAAAGAAAUGAGACAAGUAAUUGUGGAUGAGGAGGAAGCUGGUGAGAAUGUGAUGGUCUUCCCCAAAUUAAAGGCUUUAGCGCUUCAUCGUUUACCCAAUUUGAAAAGCUUCAACUGCGGAAAUAGUGAGAUACAGUUUCCUAAUUUAGAAAAAGUAAUUGUGAGUGAAUGCCCUCACAUGGAGAAUUUCUCUUCUGGAAAUGUAAUCACUUCUAAGUUGGAUAAAAUCAUUACAAAGUUAAAGCUUGGAUACCUCAUCAAUGUGAUGGAUGAAGAGGGCAUAGAAGAGGUUUGGAAGGGUGAUCUCAAAACAAGCGUAAGAAUGAUUUGGGAGGAAAACAAACAAUUGGAACGAGCAACUAAUGAAGAGCAUGCAACUUCUACUUCUUCAUCCAAAUAAUUAAGUUGGUUCAACACAAAACUCAAGACAAAACGGUAUGAGAUUAAAAAGCUAAGGAUGGAGUCGGUAGCUGAUGGGAUUGGGGGAUCUCGUCCGAGUUAUGCAUAAAUAUGCCAGAAAUUCGACUUAUAGGGUUGCCAAGUUGUUCAUGUCUUUCAACAACAAUAUUUCAGUCUUUUGUUUUCUUUUAAGAACUUAUGUUUUGCUUCUUAUAAAAAAAAAAAAAAAAAAAAAAAAAAAAAAAAAAACCCUCUUGUGUUGUAGUAACAUUACUUUUUACAAAUUUCAACUACCAAGACUUGUUUUGUUUUUUAUUGUUUGGUCAUUUGGGAUCCCAACUUUUGUAUUAAAGACAAUUUUAUUUUUGUUUAAAUUAUCUUUUUACAGUUAUUAUUCAUUA